AUGUACGGGAACCACCGCCUUCGAUUCUGCCCCGGCGGCAGAGGCGGUUCUCAGCCACCUCCUCAAUCUCAUCCUCAUCCUCAUCCUCAACCCCAGCCUCCGCAAUUAAAUCCCAACUUUGCCCUCCAAAAUCCUAAUGUUUUUUCCCCCAACUUGCAACUCCUCCAAAACCUCACAAAUAUUCCUCUCCAAAGCCCUAAUUUUCCUUUUCAAAACCCUAAUUUUCCCCUUCAAAGCCCGCCUUUUCCUAUCCAAAACCUUAAUUUGCCUUCCCAGCAACUCCCUUAUAAUCCAAGUAAUCAUUCUCUGCAAACUCAGACUCCGAUUUCAACUCAGCCGCAAAGGCCCAAAAGAGAGGUUCUGGAAAGAGUUGAAAGUGCAGUAGUUAAAGCUCGAAGUGAGAUUAUAGCGGCCAGGGAGAGUGUGAGCGCCUGGAAAGUUUGUGAGUCAGUGCUUUUGAAGCUGAAAGUAGAUUCUUGGAGCUCUUUGGGGUUUCAAAUGCAGGAGGUUCCGUCUCUUAGUAAAAUUAUGGUGACUGAAUCAAAGAUAAAUGCGUUUAUUCAUUGCUUUGUUGGGGUCCGGAAAAUUACAUCAUUGUAUGAUUUGGAAGUGGCCAUAUGCAAGAAUGAGGGCAUCAAGAAGUUUGAAGAGCUGGAAUUGGGCCCUUUUUUAAGACACCCGCUGGUCUUGCAUUACUUUUCAGUAAAUUGUGAUGUAACUGAGGUUUUUAAAAUAACUACUCAUGACAUAAUCGUUUGCCUUUCUGAGUACAUGGACACUCAUAUAAAGAAAGAUAUUAAUGUUGAUGAAUUUCUCAAUCUCAUUGCUAAGAAGCAAUCAUUGGCGAGCAAAGAAAAGCUUGGUGUGCGUAUCCAAAAUUUAGGGAUGCAUAUUAAUUUUAUUCGGGAAGCUAGGAGAUCUGAAGAUGUCAUACUAAAGAAAUAUUGGGAGGGAUCGCAACCUGAUCAUAAACGUCGGAAGCGUCGUAUUUUUUCCUCUCAUAGGAAAAAGCAACUGGAUGAGCGUUUUUCUGCCAUACGUGAACGUGUGAAAUCAUUUUCUUCUGUACAUGAGGAUUUUGGCAAGCACAUUCGAUUUGUAUCAUCAGGCUCUGAGGAUGAGGAUAGUGAUGAUUGUUCAAAUGAAGGUAACAAUGAUGUAGGCUGCCAUUUUAUGCCAUCAUCACGAGUCAAUAGUUCAGACCAGGUUGGUAGUUGUCCUUACCCAUCUGCAACAGAAGAGAUCGUACGUCUUGGUUUGAAAGGUGAAAUGAAUCACCGAAUCUUUGCUGUCGGGAGCAGCUCUAGGCAAGAUGAGAAUAUUGGGUUGUUAUCAAAGAAAAGAAAAUUUGGAAACCAAAUUGGUCCCAUGUCUGCACCUGCUAAAUUGCUAAAAAAGAAAAAGGUGAAACAAGGUGCUCUUCCUGUUGAAAAUGACGAUGAUACCAAAGAUGUUAAAGUUGAUGAAGCUGAGAUUUCACUUUCUGAAGACUGUAUGAGGAUGUUCAUUACAACCUGGAAGGAGGCAUGUCGGGACUAUUCUGUGACUGAGGUUUUUGAAAGAAUGCUUCAGUUCUAUAAACCAACAGAUCCUAAAAAAGCCGCUCAUCAUGUAAAGAGAUUGAAAUUGAUGUUCUUAUCAUACCCAUGCAUUGGAUUACUAAAUAUUGCUGUGGCAUCAAUCAAAUCUGGUAUGUGGGAUAGUGUUUAUGAUACUUUGCAAGCAAUUAGUCAACAAGAAUUAGCUAACACACUCUCUGAUAAGUAUUCUGAAUUUGAAAGCAUUGAGGUCGAACCAAGUAAACAAGUUGCAGUAAUCAACACUGAACACAUUGUACAGCCUACAAACAGUGUGACGGCUGAACAAAUUAUCAGGAAAGUUUCUAAAUAUUUUGAGAUGGAUCAUGAAAUAUUGAGCAAUGGUGAGUCAGCUUUAAACAGGAUAUUUGUCUUCUUGAGAAAGCUGUGCAAUUGUGAAACUUGGCUGGCAGAGCAGUUUUCUGUUAAGGAAUUCAAGUCCCUUGGUUUUGGGGAGUUUUUCGUGUUCCUAGAAAAAUACACCUCCUUAUUGCCUAUUGAGAUGCAUAAGUUUUUGUUGGGGGUCACAAGUGAAAGAUCUCCUUUAGAGGUUUCCCUGCUCAACCAUCUGUUGAUUGUUUUAGUGUCUCAGGCUUCAAAUAGUUUAUGGGAGAAUGAAACUAUUACCAAGCAGAUGAUUUCUGCACUGCUUGUGAGACAAUUCCCAUUGCUUAGUUUCAAAAUUGUGGAAAAUGGGUCCAUGGAAAAUUUCCUUGAAAUUGUGGGAAAACAUAAAAAUUAUGUGAUUUCCAAGUGCAUCGUAUUUUCUGAAACCUUGUUGGGAAUUAGUCUCAGUGAUUCUCUGGCUUAUAAAGAGAACAUUUUACUGGAAACCAAUGAGGUGAGAACUGAUACUGCCCAGAGAACAAGGAUUUCAGGUUCUGUUACAUCCAAGGAUGCUAUUGAAGUUCUACUCAGGGCACCUAUGUUGUCAGAACUGAACUCAUGGUCCCACUGGGAACUUGUAUAUGCUCCCUCACUUGGACCUCUUCUAGAAUGGUUGCUGAAUGAAGUCAAUGUUAAAGAGUUGUUUUGUCUGGUGACUAAGGAAGGCAAAGUGAUUCGGAUUGAUCAUUCGGCUACUGUAGAUUCAUUCUUUGGAGCUGCACUUGAGGGCUCCUCUUUCCAAACAGCUGUCAAACUGUUAUCUUCUUUUGCAUUAGCUGGGGGAAGAAAGCAUGCUCCUCUGUCACUCUUAAAACGCCAUGCACAACAUGCAUUUGAAGUUAUUUUCAAGAAUAAUAUGGAAAAUGUGGAUGGAGGUGAUUGUCAGAAUUCUGUUAUGCAUGGGAAAGUAUUGAGCAGACAGGCAAUGCUUGAUGAAGUUGCUAUGGGUAAAUUAAGUGGUGAAGUCCACAAUCAGUUGAUCAAAUUGAAUAAAGCAGUACCUAUUGCUUCAAGGUUUGUCCUUGAUUGCCUUAGUUAUCUGCCUUCUGAGUUCCACGGUUUUGCUGCUGAUGUGUUGCUUUUUGGUCUGCGAUCUAUAAUUAAAGAUGCCCCUUCAGCCAUUUUAUCUGAAUGCAACCAAAUAGAGGAGCGUGUCAUGCUUCAUGAGGUGGGAUUGUCCCUUGGCAUAGUGGAGUGGAUUCAUGAUUACCAUGAAUUUUGUUCCACUCCUGUUACAGAUUUGUUAACAUCUUGUGGGACCUCUUGUUUGGAAGCUGCUAGGUCUGAGUUGCAUGCAGGCUUGAGGUAUCAGCAAAAUGCAGUCAGUAAAUAUUCCUGUACCAAAGAUGAAUUGAUAGGAGCAGAUGGUCUUAAUGAAGUGCAUAGUGAAGUUCACACUGUUCAUUGUGAUGCUUCCCCUAGCGGUAUUGACAAUUGUUUCACACAACCAUUACAUGGAGUUACUGAAUAUAGUGAAGCAGCCCAAAUUGUUGAAUCUAUCAGGCGGGAAGAAUUUGGUCUGGAUCAAAAUCUUUCUAACAUGGAGAGUAUCAUGUUGAAGAAGCAGCAUGCUCGCUUAGGGAGAGCACUUCAUUGUCUUUCUCAGGAAUUAUAUUCUCAGGAUUCACAUUUUCUUCUUGAGCUUGUUCAAAAUGCUGAUGAUAAUAUCUAUCCAGAUGUGGAACCUACUUUGACAUUUAUUCUUCAAGAGUCUGGGAUUAUUGUCUUAAAUAAUGAUGGAUUUUCAGCUCAGAAUAUCAGAGCGCUUUGUGAUGUUGGAAAUUCCACCCAAAGGGAUCAGGUGCUGGCUAUAUUGGCAGAAGGGCUAGGUUUCAAAUCAGUAUUCCGGGUCACAGAUGCUCCAGAGAUUCAUUCCAAUGGAUUCCAUGUCAAGUUUGAUAUCAGUGAGGGUCAGAUUGGUUUUGUGCUUCCGACAGUAGUGGCUCCUUGCAAUAUUGACAUGUUUUGUAGGCUGGUAUCGAAAGAUCCUAUUCAGUUAGACAAUAAGUGUUGGAACACCUGCAUUAGGCUUCCUUUCAGAUCAAAAUUAUCUGAAGGAAUUGCCAUGAACAACAUUGUCACUAUGUUUUCAGAUCUUCAUCCAUCUUUAUUACUCUUCCUUCACCGUCUCCAGUGCAUAAUGUUUCGAAACAUGCUCAAUGAUUCACUCAUUGUUAUGAGAAAAGUAACUGUUGGAGAUGGUAUUAUAAAGAUUUCAUGUGGGAAAGAGACGAUGACUUGGUUUGUUGCAUCUCAGAAGUUACAGGCAGAUGUUAUUCGUCCUGAUGUGCAAACUACUGAAAUUGCCAUAGCAUUUACAUUGCAGGAGUUGAAUGAGGGGAACUACAUUCCACUUCUGUACCAACAACCUGUUUUUGCAUUUCUUCCUCUUAGAACUUAUGGUUUGAAAUUUAUUCUGCAAGGUGAUUUUGUCCUCCCAUCAUCUAGAGAAGAAGUUGAUGGGAAUAGUCCCUGGAACCAGUGGUUAUUGUCAGAAUUUCCUCGCUUAUUUGUCAGUGCACAAAGAUCUUUUUGUUCUCUUCCUUGUUUUAGGGAUAAUCCAGCAAAAGCUGUGGCAGCUUAUAUGAGUUUUGUCCCACUUGUUGGCGAAUUGCAUGGUUUUUUUUCUAGUCUUCCUCGAAUGAUUUUUUCUAAAUUACGAAUGUCUAACUGCUUGCUUCUGGAAGGAGACAAUGAUCAGUGGGUUCCUCCUUGCAAGGUUCUCAGAGGUUGGACUGAUCAGGCAUGUACUAUUCUUCCAGAUGGCUUGCUUCAUGAGCAUCUGGGCCUUGGGUUCUUGAAUAAGGAUAUAGUUUUGUCAGAUUCAUUGGCAAGGGCACUGGGUAUUGAGGAGUAUGGACCCAAAAUUCUUCUUCAAAUCAUAUCCUCUGUAUGUCAGGCAGAAAAUGGCCUGAAAUUGAUGGGCAUCAGUUGGCUAUCUUCUUGGCUAAAUGAGCUUUAUACAAUUUCUUUUAAUUCUUCUGGGAAAUCUUCAUUAAACUCAGGAAUAGAAACCGAUCUCAUUGAUAGCCUCCGAAAAAUUCCAUUUAUUCCCCUUUCCAAUGGUACAUUCAGUGCAGUGGAUGAAGAGACAAUUUGGUUACAUUCUGAUCACUCUCUGUUUGAUGGUGGGCUUCUACUUGAAGCUUUCCCAAAUCUAUGUGGUAAACUUCGAAUUGUGAAUCCUUCGCUCUUUUUUGUAUCAGCUGUUGAUUUUUCAUGCUUGGACAGGAUCUUAGUAGACAAUCUUACUAGGAUGCUUCUCAAAAUUGGUGUCCAACAGCUAUCUGCUCAUGAUAUUGUAAAGGUGCAUAUUUUGCCAGCCAUAUCUGAUGAAAAAAUUGUAAAUAGAGACGAAAAGUUGAUGAGGGAUUAUCUCUGCUUUUUGAUGAUCCACUUACAAUCUUACUGCUCCAAUUGUCAUGCUGAAAGGGAGUACAUUUUUUCAGAGUUAAGAAAUAAUGCUUUUAUAUUAACAAAUCAUGGGUUCAAACGACCAUCUGAGGUGCCAAUUUAUUUCAGUAAAGAAUUUGGAAAUCCUGCUAAUGUUAGUAAGUUGAUUAAUGCUGUGGAUGCUAAAUGGCAUGAGGUCGACAUCACCUAUUUGAAGCAUCCAGCAAACGAGUCGCUCUCAGGUGGGCUGAUAAAGUGGAGGAAAUUUUUCCAAGAAAUUGGCGUAACAGAUUUUGUGCAAGUAGUUCAAGUUGAUAAGAGUGUUGGUGAUAUAUCUCAUUUGGUUUCCAAAAACUUGAUAUGGGAUAGGGAGGCAAUUUCCCCUGGAUCAGCUGCAAAAGAUUGGGAAUCUGAUGAGUUGGUUCAUUUAUUAUCCCUGCUUACCAAAAGCGUCAACCGGGAAAGUUGUAAAUAUUUACUAGAGAUUCUUGAUACACUAUGGGAUGACUGCUAUAGUGACAAAACAACUGGUCUCUACAAUUUUAAGUCCAAUGGUAAUGGAAGACCCUUCAAGUCUUCAUUUGUAAACAGCAUAUGUAGUGUUCAGUGGGCAGUAUCAAGCAUGGAUCAUGAGCUUCAUUAUCCUAAAGAUUUAUUCCACGACUGUGAUGCAGUGCGCUCCAUCCUGGGCGCUUCUGCUCCGUAUGUUGUUCCAAAGGUUAAAAGUGAAAAGUUGUUACACCACAUUGGCCUAAAGUCUGAAGUCACCCUUGACGACAUCAAGGAAAUCCUAAAAGUAUGGAGAAGAUCUGAGAAUCCAUUUAAGGCCAGCAUAGCACAAAUGUCAAAAUUAUACACAUGUAUAUGGAAUGAAAUGACAGCGUCAAAGCGCAAAAUUACUGAGGAAUUACAUUCAGAGCCAUUUAUAUUUGUUCCAUACACAUCUGGAGAAGGGUAUGAGGAUGUUGUACCGGGUGUGUUUUUGUCUUCUGAACAAGUAUAUUGGCAUGAUUCAACUGGCACUGCAGACCUAAUGAAGAAGAUGCAUCCUCAGUGUAGCUCUAUUGGUGUUUCCAUGCAGCAGAUGACUAAGAUGUUGUCAGAUGUAUAUCCAGGCCUUCAUGAAUUUUUUGUUAACAGAUGUGGAGUACAUGAGACUCCGUCUUUCCGUAGCUACCUUGAGAUUUUGCUGCAGUUGUCAACUGUUGCAUUGCCUUCACAAGCCGCCAACGUUGUUUUCCAAGUUUUCCUGAAGUGGGCUGAUGGAAUAAAAUCUGCACUUAUGAGUUCUGAAGAUAUUCUUUACUUGAAAGAAUGUCUUACAAAAUCGGAGUAUACAGUGCUUCCCACUGUUCAAGAUAAGUGGGCUUCCCUACAUCCUUCAUUUGGUCUUGUGUGUUGGUGUGAUGAUAAGAAGUUGAAGAAGAGAUUUAAGCAUUUAGACUCUAUUGAUUUUCUAGACUUUGGAAAACUUGGUGACAAUGAACAAGAGAUGCUUCAAACUAAAGUGUCCACUCUCAUGCAAACUCUAGGGAUUCCUGCUCUUUCAGAGGUUGUAACUCGCGAAGCAAUAUACCCUGGUUUGGCUGAUUGUAGUUUCAAGGCUUCAUUAGUGAACUGGGCCCUUCCUUAUGCUCAGCGCUACAUCUUUAGUUUACACCCUGAUAAAUAUUUAAAAUUGAAGCAGUCUGGGUUUGACAUACUGAAUCAUCUAAAAGUUGUAGUUGUUGAGAAGCUGUUCUACAGAAAUGUUAUUAAAAGCAAUGGUGGUGCAUCUAAAAAGCGUUUUGAAUGCAGCUGUCUUCUGCAGGGUAACAUUUUGUACACAAGACAGGACUCCGACUCUCAUGCUUUAUAUAUGGAGCUUUCUUGCCUAUUCUUUGAUGGAAAUCCUGAAUUGCAUUUAGCAAAUUUUCUCCAUAUGAUCACAACCAUGGCAGAGUCAGGUUCUACGGAGGAGCAGACAGAGUUUUUCAUCUUAAAUAGCCAAAAAGUGCCAAAGCUUCCUGUUGAAGAAUCUGUCUGGUCACUCUCAUCUGCAAGUAUGUUGACUGAGAAUGAUGCAUCACUUCAAACAAGUUCUACAUCACCAGAUGUAAAUGAGCAAAGUUCUUCAAAAUCCAAGAGGAAAGCAGGAAUUGGCUCAAACUGGCCACCUGCUGAUUGGAAAACUGCCCCAGAUUUCAAUUAUGCUCGUGCAAAUGGUUUUAAAACACAGGCAGCCACUGCACAGCCAAGCAGCAGCUCAAAAACUAGAAACAGAGAUGAUAAGAAAGAUGUUAUCAGACAAACAAAUGAUGUUGCUCCAUUGGAGAUUGAUUCAAAUGUGAUUGUUGGAGAUGAUUUUGCAAUAACUUCAGCAGCCUUAAUCCUGCCAGGUGCCGAAAACAUGGGAGAUCAGUUUGGUCUUGCUUUAUGUCAGAAUCCUUCUAGUAUGAAUUUUGUAUGUGAUCCUGUUGAUCUAGAUCUUGUAUCCAAAGGCCCUGAGUUAUCUAAAUUUAGCAACAGAGAUCGGCUUAAUACUGGUGCACCUGAUGUAGCUCAAGCAUUGCGAACUGGAAGAAUGGGCGAGCUUGCUGCUUUUAAACACUUCACGGAACUCUUUGGUAAGACAGCUGUGAAUUGGGUUAAUGAAAAUAAUGAAACUGGGUUACCCUAUGACAUUGUGAUAGGAGAGAAUGAAAAUAGUUUAGAGUACAUUGAAGUUAAAUCAACCAGGUCUGCAAGAAAGGACUGGUUCAAUAUAACAAUGAGAGAGUGGCAGUUUGCUGUUGAGAAAGGUGAAUCUUUCAGCGUUGCGCAAGUUGUUUUAUUUAGUGAUGACCAAGCUAAAGUCACAGUGUACAAAAAUCUAUUAAAACUUUGCCAGCUAGGCAAACUGCAACUGGUUGUUAUGAUGCCAAGGUAGAAGAAGGAGAAAAGAAAAGAGUUCUCAUUUUUCUCGGUAGCACUUAGCAGGUGCUAUUCAUUGUAUUCUUAGGCAUGGCUCAGGAAACCCGCAUUGGAAAACAAUUUUUAUGUAGGCCUGUCACUAUCUACCACUCCAUGAAGUGUUACAUGUGAGAUGGCCAAGAAUGUGCUAGCCCUUCAUCUUUAUUCGCAAGAGUGACAAAUUGAUAUUGGCUGCACAAAAUCUGGGUUUGGAAGCGCUACCAAAUGAUCACGGUUUUAAUUUUCUUUGGAGGAUGAAGACAUGGUAGAACAAUCUCGAAACUCAAGUUUUACAUGCUUGUAGUUUCCUGCAGAGGGCAAAAAACACAUAUGCCCCUUCCAAGAAAUGGAAGCAAGAUACAUGGUGACAACUUAUUCAGGAUUUGUAAAUCCAUGGAGGCUUGUGGCAACAUUACAACCAUAUAUUUCUGAAUUCUGAGUAGAUUUCCAGGCGAAGCAAGGCAGAAAAGUGAAAUGUAAUGACUGGAGAUGGAUGAAUACAGCUUGUGAAAGCUUUGUAAAUAUGGUCAAAGCAUGUUAACUUACAUAUUGUUCAUUUAGCAGGUGGUUGUGUAGCCAUGAAGUUUUGUCAGCUUUAUACAAACUUUGUACUCGGCAUUAUAGAAAUUUUUUAAUUAAGGGCCUCUCAGACAA